ACACGACGUCUAAUUAAAAAAUUAACUAUGGAUGUUUUAAAUUCGCUCCAGCGGCAGACGAACGUGUUGAAUCUCUCUAUUGGAGAGCUUACAAAGGACAUCGAAUAUCGUGUACAAUCCAUGAAUAAUGUGGAGACGAAAUUUGGAACGGCUGUGGCAUGCGUCUUACAGGAUCCGGCUGGCGGUGGGAUAAUCAAUGUAUUUCUCCCCAAGUCGGUGCAAUUACCGAACGAGGAACUACAACGGUACAAUGAACAUGAGGCCGACCCGGUAAACCUCAUUUUUCGAGGGAUGAGUAAAAGAAGCUUUAUUAUUACAUUCGUACCCGCUUAACCCCGUUUUUCGGGCGAUGUCUAACGUAACGUAAAUAUUUUUAUGCCUUGUUUUUAAUAAAAAUUUUAAAAAUAUGUUAUUGUUCUCAUUUUAUCUAGAUCCUAUAAUUUUAAGUGUAGUAUAAUAUAAUUAUAUACAUUUAACAAGUUAUAUAAUUAUUCUUUCCGAGAUGAGUUGGUUUUAAAAAAUAUAUUAUUUAAUAAUUAUUAUAAGGUUUAUCAUCGCAAAUAUGAUAUAUUUUAUAUUUAUAAGGUUUUAUUAUUAAAUAGUCUGUAUUUUUAUUGUAAAUGCUUAACUCCAAAGACUGACUGAUGUAGAAGUGCUAGCCGUCAGAACACCGUAUGUAGGGAUAUAAAAUAUCCUCACCCGCUUCUUAUCGCGCCGCGAAUGAGCGGGGGUUUUUAAAAAAUAAUAAUAAUAAUAAUAAUAAUGUUGUCAAGACCUCGGUAUAAUAUAUCGGAUAAGUAUGUAUGAAGAUAAGGGUAAGUAUAAGAUAAGAUGAUGAUGAGAAGAUAGGGAUAAGAUAAAAUAUGAUAAGGAUGA